AUGAUCCGUGAAGCUGUUCUUUGCGCACUAAAAGAUCGCAAUGUAAUUCAUUUUAAACAUUUGUGGUUGGAUAGCGAAUCUGAAGACGAGCGGGCCAUCCUUGAGCUGUUUAGUUUUGGUGACUAUAAGGACAAACCAAUCAAUCCGGACCCGGUAAUAUGGACAAAUGAGGUGAAUAGGAAACUUCAACUUCUAACGCUUUUGAGUCUAUGUGAGCAAUCAAGACAGCUUGACUACGAACAUACUAUGCGGAAAUGUGGAAUAGAAGAUGAAAACAUCUUAGAACAGUGCUUGAUCCAGCUCCAUCACAUAAUCCGCUUGGAGAUCGAUUCUGUAAAUCGCCGCGUUACUAUUCUUCGUUGUAUGGACUCGAGAGACGUAUACAACAAUGAACGUCCACUUCUGCUACUGUCUCAGGUUAAACGUUCUAAACAAGAGGUCAUACACGACCUGCUACGCUGGAGAGACAAGCUUCAAAAUAACUUACGAUGA